UCCGCCGCCCGCUGUCGCCGCGAUCUGUCCGCUACCCGCCCGUCAAGUGCCUUUCGAUAGACAACAUGGUCGUAUUUUAGAGUGACGGUUAUUUUGUGUCGUAGUUUUUAGAUUAUUUAACUUUUUGACGUACCUACUAAAUAUUUAAGCAAAAUGGCAGUGAUAUUUAUUAAGUUUUUUGAUGUGAUUCCGGUGCGCUUCAACUUGUGGGUGAUGCUGUUUACAAGUUGCUGGGUGGUGUAUAUGCUUCGAGUCAAUAUGAGUCUCAACCUCAUUGCAAUGGUCCCGCAGGCGUCACAUAAUUCUACAUCACGGUCUCAAUGUGAACCAAAGAAUGACGUGUUGACAAAUGAAACUCUUCGUCAUGUAGACGGAAUCAAUGUCCACGCUUCUCCUGUGAAGCAGGUUCCUGGUGGAGCAUCGUUCAACUGGUCUGGGGAGCAACAGGCGCUGAUCUUGGGCUCGUACUUCUGGUGCUACCCAGUGACGUCACUGGUCGGCGGCAUGGCUGCCGAACGUUGGGGCCCGCGCUACGUGGUCCUCGUCACGUCCUUCGCCAGUGCCAUAUUGACAGCAUUGAGUCCAGUGGCUGCCAACCUAGACUACAUAGCUCUGGUUGUUAUAAGAUUUUUCUUAGGCUGUGCUGGGGGAUUUAUUUAUCCGGCGCUCCACGUGCUUGUGGCGCGAUGGGCCCCACCAGCAGAAAAAGGAAAAUUUGUUAGUGCUAUGAUGGGCGGCACCCUGGGCACAGUUAUCACUUGGUCUCUUACUGGACCGCUUAUGGAAAAAUUUGGAUGGGCAUCAGCAUUCUACGUACCAGCUGCCCUCACACUAGUUUGGUGCUUUUUCUGGUGGUACCUCGUAGCUGAUACUCCAGCGGAACAUCCUAGGAUUACAGAAGCAGAAAAAAAUUAUAUAUUAGACGCAUUAGGAGACAAGGUCAAGAAAUCAAAGGGAUUGCCGCCGUUCAAAAGUAUUGCUACAUCAUUCCCGUUCUUGGCUAUGGUUAUUCUACACUACGGCAAUCUUUGGGGCUUGUACUUUAUAAUGACAGUCGGACCUAAGUUCGUUUCUAGUGUACUGGGAUUUGAAUUAUCAGCUGCUGGAGUGAUAUCUGCUCUUCCAUACUUAGCAAGACUGAUGUUUGCAACGAUAUUUGGUGUGGUUGGAGAUUUCAUAUUAGCGAGAAAAUUAAUGUCUACGACCAUUAUAAGAAAGUUCUUCUGCCUCUUCUCUCAUAUCCUACCUGGAGUCUUGCUAGUAUUAUUGGUGUAUGCUGGAUGCUCUACGGCUUUAUCAGUAACCCUAAUUACGAUGUCGAUGGGAUUCAAUGGAGCGGCAACGUUGACCAACCUGCAGAAUCAUCAAGAUCUGGCGCCGAACUAUGCAGGCACUUUGUAUGGAAUUGCUAAUUGUGUUGGCAGUACCGCUGGUUUCUUCACGCCCAUGAUAACGGCAUACUUUACAAAGACUGGAAACAGUUUCGAGAGUUGGCGUCCAGUUUUCUUCGUAGGAGCAUCAGUUUAUAUCAUUUCAGCAUUAUUCUUCAUAUUCUUCGGAACAGGAAACAUUCAAUCCUGGAACUUUGCCCCCGAGGAUAAAGAUGUGAAGGAAGAUAAAAUUAAUGGCGAUCUCAAGGAAAUGAACAGUGCGCCAAUCAAAAACGGUGAUUCCAAAGAAAUAAAAGAAACUUCUCUAAACGUUGCCAAGUAAAUGAGAUUAUUACGUUAGCGAGUGAGACUAGCAUUAUGACAUGUAUCAGUUCCGAACACAGACAUGACAAUGCAGAAGUUGUAACAUGUACCGCAAAUAUGUUAUAAAUAAUUAGAUAGGUACUAACUGUAUUGACGGAAUUGAAAUUAAUAUAUUUUUCUCAUUAUAUGUAUAAUCCGAACUACUUAGGUAUACAGACUGAUGAUAAAGGAGUAUGUCGAAGUACCUAUCAUGUGCCUUUAAUUAAGUAAAAUUAACGAAUGUUGGGCAUACAAUGGCAACUUGGGGACCGCUUCUGAUAGAUAAGCUCUUAUGUAGACACAACUGUAACUGAACUGUGAAAAAAUGCUGCCAAUGUUAAUGGCAAUAUUAAUACUAUUCCAUUGUAAGCAAUUUUAUCAUUGACUUAUUUAUUUUCUGUACUUACCUUCAUUUGUGUACUUAUAUAGUUAUUAAUGUUAAAAUUACAAUGACGUAAAUCUUAAAUAAUGUAAAUGCAAUGUAAUUGCUGUGAUCUUUAUUGAAAAUGUAAUGAUAAUACUUAUUAUUCGUAUGACAGAUAGGGUCAAGCCCAGUGGUAAUAUUAAAUUAUUCAUCUAAAGAAUCCUCGCAGUAGUUUCGCCUUUUAGGUCAUGGAAUUGUAUACUUAGUAGUACUUUCUGCUGCGUGGCAACUGACAACUUUUUAAUCUUGCCUUUUGUAAAACGAUGACUAUCUAAUAGACACGUAGACGUAAGACAUUGCAUGUCUUACGUGUAAUAUUCAUAAGCCAAAAGAUGUUGAGAUUGAUAUGGUUCGUUCUGUUCCGGGGAAUUUUGUAAAUCUUAAUGUUAACUUAAGUUUCCUUUCCGACGGCGAGCGUCUCUUCUUCUAUAGUAACAGGAUAGAAAUGUAUAAAGCUGCGUUCAGACAUGCGGAAAUCGUGCGUUUACGAAUCGCGCGGUUUGAAACCGCAAAAUUGUGAUGCUAUUCAGACACGCGCGGUUAGUAUGCGAUUUCGUGCGUGUUAGCGUCAGUUUCAAAAUGGAGGUCGACGAAGAAGGGUGUUUAAUGUGGUUGCUCCUUAAAAAAAGAAAAGAAAAAGGCGGUAUUGGGUGCAUCCAAUAUUACGUGACCGACUAGUACAUGGUCAGUUCAGUUCAGUCUAGGUCAUGGUCAGUAUUCUUUUUUUCCACCGUGUCUUCACAAUUUCCAAAUAUCUCCACAAACUCUUGCCAAGCUCGGUUCUUGAUAAUUUUAUUUGAGUAAUCAUCACACUGUGUACGGGCUGUAGGCUCUCGUACCUAUGAUGCUAUGUGUAGUUGGUGAGUGGUAUCGGUGUGAUCCCGAUGUGUUUCAGGGAACGGUGAAAAUGUAAAUGUCGCAGGGAUAUGAUAAAAACGGGGAUUUGAUCAAUUCUCUAAGGGAUUUGAUCAAAUCACGGAGGAUGUUAAAAUAACAACACGAUUUUAUCUUUUCCCUAAACAAAUCUAGUGAAUAGAACAAAUCCCUAAAUUGGUUUAGUGAAAUGACAAAAAUAAUUUUGCUUUGAUAUUUUAAAGGUUUAUUUGGUAAGAUAGACAUAAUUAUAAUAAUCAGGUGUGUGUAAUACAAGGAAAUAUUGAUAUAAAAAAUCACCAUUACUCAGAACAAUAUUUUUUUUUUAAAGAAUGAACAAAAAUUUCUUUAAAAAAUUAAAAAUAUUUAAGUUGCGUAUGAUAUGCCUAUUUAUAAUAAUCACUUAUUAAAACAUGUAGCUGAUUUGUGGCAUCACAAGACAAGCAAGACAAGAACUGACAUGUUUUUUGUCAUUUCACUAAACCAAUUUAGGGAUUUGUUCUAUUCACUAGAUUUGUUUAGGGAAAAGAUAAAAUCGUGUUGUUAUUUUAACAUCCUCCGUGAUUUGAUCAAAUCCCUUAGAGAAUUGAUCAAAUCCCCGUUUUUAUCAUAUCCCUGCGACAUAAACACUACCGACACAGAUGAGCGAUUUAUUUACACUAAAUUAUAUAAAAUCAUGUUAUGUACAAAAGUCUUCAUAGUAACGAAAAGUGUGUCACAAUGUCAGCAAUACCUACUUAAGGCGUUGCACAAUUAGUUACAAUAAUAAAAUAUUUCGUAAAGAAUGUACGAUGACUCGUACACACUGAAUGUCCCAUAUUGCAGGUCUCUUCUCCACUUCAUCAAUAAAUAGUUCAAUGUCGAAACGAUCCAUGGCGAACUCACGAGCAGUGACGUGCUCACCGCGCGGUAUCCGCAACGCAACUGAACGCGAAGUAAAGACUCCAUAGUAAUAGAAACGCGCGGGAGCAGCGCGAUUCUAUUUUCUGGCGGUUGGGUUGCGGUAACCGCGCGGCUUGAUUAACCGCGCGGUUAUGUCUGAACGAUUAUUAACUAACUCAUAUAAAUAAGACCCGCGCGAUUUCCAUGCGAUUCUAUAAUCGCGCUGUUCCCGCCGUGUCUGAACUAGCGCUAAGACUGUUUCCGAAGUAACAGACGCGACAAGGCGACGUUAGUCCAUACAUUUCCACACUGUGACUAAAGCUACGUACAGAUUAGGCGAUCCCGCUAAGUGCAAUAGUUGGGUAAGCGCUAGUUCAGACAUGUACUAGUCGGUCACGUAAUAUUGGAUGCACCCAAUACCGCCUUUUUCUUUUCUUUUUUUUAAGGAGCAACCACAGUAAACACACUUCUUCGUCGACCUCCGUUUUGAAACUGACGCUAACACGCACGAAAUCGCAUACUAACCGCGCGUGUCUGAAUAGCAUCACAAUUUUACGGUUUCAAACCGCGCGAUUCGUAAACGCACGAUUCCCGCAUGUCUGAACGCAGCCUAAAAAUCCGAGUAUAAAAUUUGAGCACGCGUAUUGACACCCGCGAGCCCCAUUCAAAAUUUGUCAAAGCGUAACCAACUAUGCUUACAUUGUUGGAACGUCCAAUCCGUGCUUACCUUAAUGACGCAUUCGCUGUCGCCUGUAUACCUACGUCUCCGCGCGCUUGCUGUUUGUCAUCUCAUAGAGCAGCACUUCGAGAGAUGGGUCAGCCGUCUCACGCUUGGGAGAUGGGUACGCUCGUGGGUGACCGGGCACUCGACCUACAAAAGUAGCUGACACACCCACAGGCCGAAAACACCAUCGGUCUGUGGACAUAAUGUAACAUAUGAACUAGGGAAGUAAAUAUCUUUCUAUUCUAUUCUAUACCUACAAAAGUAUUGAACGCGCUACGUUAAGCUCGUAGCGGACGCUCGCUUAAAGCAGUGAAGGGGCAUAAGGGAAUCUUUACGGAGUAACAUGACAUGACAACUGUACAUUCGAAAAUACACAGAUGGGUGGAAAUUAUUUGCUAUCAAUCUGGUUAAUAAAUAAUUCCAUUCAGUGACUUUAUCUAGUUAUUUGACAUUUGAUAACUUUUACUGCUAUUGACAUGAAAUGUUUAAUUAUUUUUAUUUAGAAACACCAUGAAUCAUAAAAUAAACUUAGAUUGUGUUA